CACUCGGUUAAGAAAUUGCAAGCUUUCCGAUUGCUGUCAGAAUAUUUUGUGUUAAUCUGUGAACUUAUCUAUUAAAAGAGAUAUAAUAAAUAUAAUGCUAAAGCUUAAGCUCGAAGCCUUGGGUCAUCCAACGCCCAACAAUAUAGCAUUCAGCAACCGCAAGGAAUUUGCAAGCACAGUUCUUUGGCUGGAGGAUCAAACGAUACGUUUAUAUCCCAUUGAGGGCCGGGACACAAUGCGUAAUUUGGAGGACAUGCCGGCGUGGGAAGAGGGCUACAAGCAAUACUGCACUGACCUGAGCAUGCCACCAUUCGAAACACAGCUGGAGCAGCUGACCUGGUUGGUGGGCAACGCAAUGCGUCUCGAAUUUCUCGAUAAUCCCUCCCAAUAUGAAUCGAUCAAUGGGGUGACUGAAGGCCAGCCAAAGAACAACGGCGCUCAGUCGCAGGAGAAAGUGCAAACCAUAUUUGAUGGUAAGAUAAAUGUCCAUGACAAAGAUUUCAUUGCGGGCGUGCGCACGCUGGCCACAAAGCUGCAAGUGCCCCAUCAUCCCAAUCACUUGCUGCAACUGCAGGCUAUAACGCGCAUUGUCCACGAGCGAAUUGGGCCGGCAUCAAUGAAUCGCAAGGCGAUCACCGGCACACCUUUCCCCUUUGACAAGGGCAAUGAUGUGGUCGCGGCCAACGAUCCGGCAUUGGAUUAUCCGAUGCGCAUCUUGCGACUGCUGCAAAUCCAAAGUCUGCGCCAGCUGCAGACGCAUAUCAAUGAAACCAUUGUCGCCGUGCAAUCGCUGACGGCCAACCCGAAGACUGACACCAAGCUGGGCAAGGUGGGACGCUAAUGGACGAGAGACGCAUCGUUGCACAACUAUAAUUGUAAUUGUAAUGAACAAACUAAAUUCACGAAUAUACUAUAAUUAAAUGACAUCAGCGCUUAAAGAACGGA